CCGUAUUUGCUGAUUUCUGCGGACUGAAGCCAUGGUGUCUCACUCUCUGGCCCUGCCGAUGAUCUGCUUCACCACGUUAUGGGGGCUGGUGGGGGUCGUGGCUCCAUUUUUAGUGCCCAAGGGACCCAACCGGGGUGUGAUUGUCACCAGCCUCAUCCUCACCGCGGUCUGCUGUUACUUGUUUUGGUUGAUAGCCAUUCUGGCCCAAACCAACCCUCUGUUCGGCCCUCAGCUGAAGAAUGAAACUAUAUGGUAUCUGCUCUACUUCUGGGAGUAAACAAGGACCUGAAGAUGUGAUGCCUCUCAUCAUUCCUAUCCCUUGGCUGGCUGGACUUGGCUCAAUGUAACUCCUAACUGUUAAACAUUCCCACACAAUACUUGACACAAUUUGCAGAAUUGACGAAACAACUGAAACGUCAGCGUCAGUUUUCUUUGGAAAUAUUAGCAACUAUGUACAGUACCUGGAAUUUGACAUUUAGAGUUUAUUAAGACACAUGUUGAGGUUUUUAAAACAAGGAGAAAACACUUAAAUACAUCUUGCAACCCCAGGACAAUGCACACAGUCUGAAGUUGUGACUAAUUAAUCACAGGAUUUAUCAACAAAAUCAGAAAUUAGGAAUGCAUUGAGUGUUUUUUUAUUAUUAUUUGUUACUGAUAUGAAUGAUUUCCAGUGAAACCGUAACAUCAUGUGUUAGAUAUUAAUCUUCCAUCUCUGAAAUGUGCAAUCCUUUGAUACCUUAGUUGAUUUUGUGUUUGUUUACAUUUUUUGGUUUUGCUGCCAUCAGGGAACGUGAAUUUCUUAAGUGUUUGUAUUUAUUUGGCCUGCGGGCACUGAUGUAAGCGCAUUGUAAUUACCUCAGCGUCCACACGGUCUUGUUAUAUAACUGUUAUUAUCUGUGAUGUAAUGUGUGUGUGAGAGUGUGAGUGUGUGUGUGUGUGUGUGUGUGUGUGUGUGCGUGCGUGCGUGUGCGUGUGUGUGUGAAGAGUUCAUUACUGUGAGUGCUUGGACCCCGGCCAUGAGAAUCUCCCAAAACCAUGAAAGUGAAGAGCGAUUCCCUCCCACUUUAGACCACUUCAGCAUGAAACUCCCUCCCACAUUCCCCUCACACUCUACACCGUGGAGGUCCUCGUUGCCAUGGUGAUCUCAUCGCCCAAUUCAGUCCCUCUCCACUCGACCCCUUUUGAUGAAAUCCUGCCCAUUCUCGCCUGCUUGUGUACAGAUGUACUGUAGGCUGUACUGUAGGGACAUGUUGGAUUGAAGCUGCCGGUAGCUGCCGAUAGAUUUGCUGAUAAAAUCUUGACAUUUUAUCACCAAAAAAAUCCUUUUCAAACACAUUUCUUUAUUAUCAACCUUUGAAACAGCACUUACAGCAAAUUCCUGCAUUUAAACUUCAGCUGGUUAAUUAUUUCAGGGUUGGUGACUCUAAAAGGCACAGUGAUCCCUCACUUCUUUCCAGUAGCAGAUGAAAAAAAGUACAUUUAACAAAAGAAAGUGUUAUUUCAUUGCACAUUUUCCAGACAUUAUCAGCUGAAACCCUAUAAAGAAUCUUAUCAGUGAUGGAUGCCUCUGACUGGCUGAUGUUGCAUGUUUGAUCAAAGGCUAACUGUUAUCAGAUCUCAUCCAAGCUAGUGUGCUCUCACUCUCCCACCAACUGGAAAAAGUCAGUCGCCAAUCAAACAUCAGCAGUUUUUGCCUGGGAUUGAUUCACCAUUCUGUGUGCAGUAUAAGCCAGCUCAGAUCAGUCAAUGGUGCAGAGGGACAGCGUGGUGAUGUGCUUCAUGGCUGUCUGAUCAUAAACUGAUCCGGUUUUCAAGGUCAGAGGAAGGCGGCAACAUCGCCAAACUUCGUGGUCGUUCUUGGCUACGUACCGCAUGUACAUCUGUGCAACAGCAGAUAUUCUCUUCCUUCCCCAGCAGUGAGCCUAUUUUAUGAUUUUCAUCUUUUUUUUAGCUUUCGCUUUGAAGGAGAUGCUGCUGUGACACAUCUGCCUCCUCCCGAUGCUUUAAGAGUCCGAGCUGCCAGCCACUACCACAACUACGUCUCUCCUUUCCACUCCCCGUCUCCAACCCUGAGAACCCCUCCCCCCUUAACGCCCUCCCUCCCUGUCCUCCUCUCUAAAACCACUUUGCUUCAGCCAAAAAGAAUCAAAAUCAAUAUACAGCUACUUUUUAGAAAGACCAAAUUGCGUUGUAUCUCUCCCUCCAGCCCUCUUCGCUAGUUGUGGUGGUGGCAAGCAUCUAAAAGUGGAUGCACAGCAGUGUGCUGUACAGUCAGUUACCCAAGUGGAGGCCCACAUCAAAUAGAGUGUGAUCACACCCAACAAACUAAGGCUUUUCGUGCCAGAAUGCUGGUAUUUAGUUACACUCUGUGCAGUUCCAAGUGAACCAGAGCUUAUAAACAAAAGUCACAUGGACUCACAAGUAGCUCCGUUAUUGGACGGACUUUUGGUCGCCUGUGAGCCUGCCAAGUUAGAGAUGUUGCUGCUGGUGGAGACACGUCCUGUAACCUAAGAGCAGUGGUGUGUUUAGGUCCACGGCGUUCGAAGCAGUUGAGAACACAUGAAGAAAAAAAGCUGAAUAUGAGCAUCAGUCCAGACUGUGGUUUGCUCUCACUUCAUUUUCUUCUGUCAGGCUUUCCAACCAUUAACUGCUGGCUAUCACAUGUACCCAUAAACCCUUGUGUUUUGGGUUUGUUUCUGUUGUUGGUUUGGAUUACACUCUCAAUCCCACUCGUAAUGAGACAUGCUACAGUUAUCUUGUGAAAAGGACAGAGUCACAUUUUCAGAGUCAGUGAAUCAUGGGACAACAAAUGGCAUUGUUCUCACCCGGCCGAACAAACUGAACUAAAGUAGGGAACAUUUCACACUUUAGAUAAACCCUUCCAGACAUGCUGGCUGUGAACUGGCCCUAAAUAUGUCAAAUUCUUUGGUUUCUUUUCCUUUUCUUAUAAAUCUGUUCAGUCCUUUUGAUAACUGGCCGCUGUCUUUCUGUUAAAUAUUCCUGGCAACCUAGAUGGAGAUGGAUUUUUGUAGUGUGUGAAUAGUCACCAUGGUUACAAAAAUCUACUAAA